AUGGCGGUAAACCAUAAUCGUAGCUGUUCCUCGUUCUUAAUCUUGCUCUUAAUCGUCGCCUUUUCAUCGAUCAUCGAGGCCCGCGACCUCCUCGAAUCCCCGAUUCCCCUACCGGAGAUCCCAGUGUUGCCAAAGCCCGAGAUUCCAACCAUACCAAAGCCUAUUAUCCCAGAAUUGCCAAAGCCCGUCAUUCCAGAAUUGCCAAAGCCCGAGAUUCCAACUUUGCCAAAACCUGUUAUUCCAGAAAUGCCAAAGCUCGAGAUUCCAACUCUACCAAAGCCCGAGAUUCCGGUCGUGCCAAAGACAGAGAUGCCAGAAUUGCCCAAGUCCGAGCUUCCGAAGAUUCCCACGUUGCCCGAAAUGCCAAAAUCACCUUGA